AUGAUGAAUAUUGACGAUAAGCUGGAAAAACUGAAUUUAGCCAACCGUGAUGAGCAUGUCAACACUCAGAUCCUAGAGAGGUAUGCCAAUAGCAUCAAAACAGAUGAGUUAUCAUUAACUAGGGGUAAAACCAGCAAAGAUAAGGCGAAUAGGGCCACUGUAGAGAAUGUUUUAGACCCACGUACGAUGAGGUUUUUGAAAUCCAUGAUGAACAGGGGAAUAUUAUCAGCAUUUAAUGGUUGUUUGAGUACAGGUAAAGAAGCAAACGUGUACCAUGCGUUUGCUGGUAAUCAUGAGGAGAGACAUCUGCUGGUAGAGGGACAUGAUGAUACAAUAGGAGCCCCACAAAAUAUUGAAUCAACAAAACAAAAAGCUCUAACUGCCGAAUCUGAGGAUGCCACAUCCACUUCAACUGCCACUGAUGAACCAAAAAAUAAGAAGGAAUACGCGGUGAAGAUUUACAAGACAUCUAUCUUGGUUUUUAAGGAUCGUGAAAGAUACGUUGAUGGUGAAUUUAGAUUCAGAAAUUCGAGAUCUCAACAUAAUCCUCGUAAGAUGAUCAAAAUUUGGGCUGAAAAGGAAUUUAGAAACUUGAAGAGAAUAUACCAAAGCGGUGUCAUACCUUGUCCAAAACCAAUAGAAGUUAGAUCAAACGUUUUAGUCAUGGAAUUUUUAAAUAGAGGAGAUGGUUUCGCAUCUCCGAGGCUUAAAGAUCAUCCUUACAAAGAUAGAGAAGAAAUUAAACAUUACUACAAUUUAAUGAUAGCGUACAUGAGACUGUUAUAUCAGGUAUGUCGCUUAGUUCAUGCAGACUUGAGUGAGUAUAAUAGUAUUGUACAUGAGGAUAAGCUUUAUAUUAUUGAUGUUUCGCAAUCCGUACAACCAGAACAUCCUAUGUCUCUAGAUUUCCUAAGAAUGGAUAUUAAGAAUGUUAACUCAUAUUUCCAAAAAUUGGGAAUUGACAUUUUCCCUGAACGGGUGAUCUUCCAGUUCAUCAUCAGUGAGGUCUUAGACAAAUUCAAGGGUGAUUACAGAUCAAGCGAUGAUCUAGAAACAUAUGUUGCCGACAAUUUACCUCUAAAGUUGACUGAUGAAGACGAAGCUGAAGAUGAAGUGUUCAGAUCUUUACAUUUGAUAAGAAAUUUGGGUGGUUUAGAGGAAAGAGAUUUUGAUAGAUUCACUGAUGGUAAAUUUGACCUACUGAAAUCAUUAAUUGCUAAUGAAAACAGGAAAUAUUCCGAAAAUUUCACAGCAUCGGAGCAAUAUGAACUCUCUUCUUCUGAUGACGAGGAAGAUGACGUAGAUGGUGAUGAUCUCCCUAACCUCGUAACGGAUAUCAAUGAAGAUGACAUAGCUGGAUCAGAUGAAGAUGAUGAUAGUGAUGAAACUAACGAUAGUUCUGAUGGUGAUGGAUGGGUCUCCGAUAAAGACACUCCACUGAAAGGAAAAAAGUACGAAGAUAAAGAUGCUAAAAAACAACGUAAGCAAGAAACAAAAGAGGCCAAACGUGAAAAGAGGAAGACCAAAGUAAAAAAACACGUUAAGAAAAAGCUCAUUAACAAGACGAAAAGCAAGAAAUGA